UUAGGAAAUCUAGGGUUUUUCGAUGGGAGAGUUGAUCUGCCUCGUCAGUAAUCAACUUCCUAGGUGAUAAUUUUUAUCCCGCAUCGUCUAUUCUUCUACCUAGUUAUUUUCCCGAUCCGUAGCAUCUCAGAUCAUGGAGGAACUAUUUGGUAGCUCCUGAGGUCACCCUCCGGUUGAGCUCAUCCCAUGCUUCAAGUAUUCUUCUUGGAGUUGAACUCUACUUCUUUGUUCAGGUACUGAUGAAAUCAAGAGCUUUUCAACAAGUCUGCUGGAAUUUCCAAAUCGUUGCUAUGUGUUGCGUUUGGAAUAGCGGGCGGUAUGGAGGCAAAGAGAGUGGCGGAGAUCAGCUGACCGGCUUGAUGAAGAGGCGUCUUUUGGAAGGUGAGGAAUUUAGCCAUUAUGCUGCUAGGAUUGCAGUCUCCAAGAUUUGCCAGUCAACUGGAUUCCACAGUUCACAGCAAUCUGCAAGCUCCGCCUUUGCAGAUAUUACUAUCAGAUACAUCUGCAGGCUCGGCAAAACUGCAAUUUUUUAUGCCAAUUUGUCCGGCAGAACGAGUUGCAACGUUUUUGAUGUAAUCUUGGGAUUGGAAGAUUUUGGUUUAUUGAGGGGUUACCCUGGUGCAUCUGAUGUUCAUAGAUGCCUGCUGAGUUCAGGUAUUAUUCAAGAGCUCAUGCAGUUUGUAAACACAGAAGUAGAUGCCUCUGUUCGUCGGCCUAUUAUGAAGUUCCCUAUUCCUAGAAUGCCAAAGCCUAAUCCUAGUUUUGCUCAAGUUAGGGAGGUGCCUGCUGGAAACCACAUUCCUGAUUGGCUUCCAAGGUUCCCUGAUCCUAACACCUACAGGCCCACACAGGUAUGGAAAAAGAGGGAUGCUGAUGCUAAGGAAGACAAGGUCGAAAAGACCAGGCAGCGGAGAAAGGCUGAGAGGUCUUUACUGAGUAUACAAAGCAAGCUUGGUUUCAAUGCUCCAGCUGAGAUUCAGCUAACUUUUGAUGGUGAUGUUGAGAAAGGUAGCAAGUUGGUAGCUAGCAAUCCAUUUCUGGCCCUACCUUUGUCAUGUAAUGACAAAGAGAUAUCUGAGGUUGCGAUUCCACGAGAACUAGAGCCUGGCAAGAGCUCUGCAUUACUUGAAACUUUUGCCCCUGCAUUAGAGGCAUCCAAGGUCGAAUCUCUUGAUUUUGAUUCUAAUGAUAAAAUUGCUCUUCCUCAAAGAAGGACUACAAUUCAAUUCAAGAUUAGAGUUGGUAAGAAAUUCACAGAAAUAUCACCCUCUUCUCAUAUAUUGGAUGCUAGAAAGAAUUCAUGGUUUUUAAUGGAUGAUGAGAAGGAUGACAAAAAGAAGAGAGCAGAGAUUAUAACUUAAGGAAGUGGAUAAGCCUCAUGAUCUUUUCCAGCUGUAACUACAAAAUGCUUGCUUUUUCAAUUGGGUAGAAUAUAUGCCUUUUUCUUCCCUUCGGGACUUAACUACUUGAGAAACACCAGGUGAUAUUCUGAAAUGCUGAAUGAUGAUUGCAAUGUCCUGCCUUGGACCCUCUUCUCCAUGCUGCUUUCCCAUUUCUUGCAGCCAGAGUCACCCUCGCAUGGUUCUUGUACAGAUGACAUCAAUUGUGCUUGUGCUCCUUGACAAAUCGUAGCCAUCAACAUACAUAAUCUCCCCGCAGAUGAGAUUCCGAUCAUCCUAUGAUAAUAUCAGAGGGUAUCCUCAUGUAAAUGGAAAAGCUUGAAGCUUUAUGGAGUGGACCACUUGUUGUGCAUUAUGUUUCGUCUGUUAUGUCUGUUUUUCUUUGUGCAAUAUUUUCAGAAGAAGGUUUAGAUGAACUGAAACAGAGAUAUUGAACUAAG